ACGCCGUAGGUCGCGGUGCAUUCUGGGUCCUGGCAAUAUGGCGUCCUCCUUGAUGUGCUGAUGAGAGGAGUUUCACUGUAGCUCCAAACCAGAGGGCAAAGCUCCCCUGACCCGAUAAGCCCACAUUGUCCGUUUUCUCCGUGGUUCCGUGUCGCCCGUUUCUCAGGACUCGUUCUCAGGCAGGAGAGAGCCUCUGGGCUGAAGGCCAGGACCAGCCAGGCCGUGCGGACGUGAGGUUGAGGAACCGGGUGCGGGCGAGCACGAUGGGCCGGUCCUGGCUCUGGUUGCAGCAGCUCAGGCGAGUGCGGGACCCGCAGGGCUGAGAGUGGCUAGAAGAGACCCAGGGCCCUGUGAACCCGAUCCCUUGGCCGGAGACCUCAGCCCAGGCGGCCCAGUGGGCGAACCGGCACCAGCAGCGGCCUGCCUGAUCCUCGGAUCUGCUGAGGCGUUGGAGGCCGAGAGCAGGGUCAUCGUGAGGCCUGAAGUCUCACGCUUUUGACAGCUCGGCUCGCCGCCCCUCUGGAAACGUACAGCCUCAGGAGCAGCCAGUGGCUUGGGACCUGGGGUGGUGUGUGUCUGCGGAGCUUCUUGGGCUGCCCCAUUUUUCAGCGGCCCCCUCCCCGCCUCCCGCUCAAGAGUUAGAGAUAAGGAUCUCAGACUUUUUGCCGGAGUAAGGGUCUCCGCACUCUCUAUCCCUUUCUUUUUCGAUUCUCCGUUUUUCUGUUUCUUAUUUCACCAAUUCUGGUACACACUAGUUUUUAAGGCUGGAGGUUCUCGAGCGCUUACUGCCAAGGACUCCCCCACCCCCUCCCCCACUGAUGGAGUCCGAAAUGCUGCAGUCGCCUCUUCUGGGCUUGGGGGAGGAAGAUGAGGCUGAUCUUACAGACUGGAACCUACCUUUGGCUUUUAUGAAAAAGAGGCACUGUGAGAAAAUUGAAGGCUCCAAAUCCUUAGCUCAGAGCUGGAGGAUGAAGGAUCGGAUGAAGACAGUCAGUGUUGCCUUAGUUUUGUGCCUGAAUGUUGGUGUGGACCCUCCCGAUGUGGUGAAGACCACGCCCUGUGCACGCUUGGAAUGCUGGAUUGAUCCUCUGUCGAUGGGUCCUCAGAAAGCUCUGGAAACCAUCGGUGCAAAUUUACAGAAGCAGUACGAGAACUGGCAGCCAAGGGCCCGGUACAAGCAGAGCCUUGACCCAACUGUGGACGAAGUCAAGAAGCUCUGCACGUCCCUACGCCGCAACGCCAAGGAAGAGCGAGUCCUCUUUCACUACAACGGCCACGGGGUGCCCAGGCCCACAGUGAACGGGGAAGUCUGGGUCUUCAACAAGAACUACACGCAGUAUAUCCCUCUGUCCAUAUAUGACCUGCAGACAUGGAUGGGCAGCCCGUCAAUCUUCGUGUACGACUGCUCCAACGCCGGCUUGAUCGUCAAAUCCUUCAAGCAGUUCGCACUACAGCGGGAGCAGGAGCUGGAGGUAGCUGCAAUCAACCCGAAUCACCCUCUUGCUCACAUGCCUUUGCCUCCGUCCAUGAAAAACUGCAUCCAGCUGGCAGCCUGCGAAGCCACGGAGCUGCUGCCCAUGAUCCCGGACCUCCCGGCCGACCUGUUCACCUCCUGCCUCACCACCCCCAUCAAGAUUGCCCUGCGCUGGUUUUGCAUGCAGAAAUGUGUCAGUCUGGUGCCUGGCGUCACCCUGGAUUUGAUAGAAAAAAUCCCUGGCCGCCUGAACGACAGGAGGACGCCCCUGGGUGAGCUGAACUGGAUCUUCACGGCCAUCACAGACACCAUCGCGUGGAACGUGCUCCCCCGGGAUCUCUUCCAGAAGCUCUUCAGACAGGAUUUGUUGGUGGCUAGUCUGUUUCGAAAUUUCUUACUGGCGGAAAGGAUCAUGAGGUCAUACAACUGCACUCCCGUCAGCAGCCCGCGGCUGCCGCCCACCUACAUGCACGCAAUGUGGCAAGCCUGGGACCUGGCUGUCGACAUCUGUCUGUCUCAGCUGCCAACGAUCAUCGAGGAGGGCACCGCGUUCAGGCACAGCCCGUUCUUCGCCGAGCAGCUGACCGCAUUCCAGGUGUGGCUCACCAUGGGCGUGGAGAACCGGAACCCACCUGAACAGCUGCCCAUCGUCCUGCAGGUGCUGUUAAGCCAAGUGCACCGGCUGAGAGCACUGGACUUGCUGGGAAGAUUUCUGGACCUGGGUCCCUGGGCGGUGAGCCUGGCCUUGUCUGUCGGCAUCUUCCCCUACGUGCUGAAGCUGCUCCAGAGCUCGGCCCGAGAGCUGCGGCCCCUCCUCGUGUUCAUCUGGGCCAAGAUCCUCGCAGUGGACAGCUCGUGCCAGGCGGACCUCGUGAAGGACAAUGGCCACAAGUACUUCCUGUCGGUGCUGGCGGACCCCUACAUGCCAGCGGAGCACAGGACCAUGACGGCCUUCAUCCUCGCCGUGAUUGUCAACAGCUACAACACGGGGCAGGAAGCCUGCCUUCAGGGAAACCUCAUCGCCAUCUGCCUGGAGCAGCUCAACGACCCGCACCCCUUGCUGCGCCAGUGGGUGGCCAUCUGCCUAGGCCGGAUCUGGCAGAACUUUGACUCGGCGAGGUGGUGCGGUGUGAGGGACAGCGCCCAUGAGAAGCUCUACAGCCUCCUCUCCGACCCCAUUCCCGAGGUCCGCUGCGCAGCGGUCUUCGCCCUCGGCACGUUCGUGGGCAACUCUGCAGAGAGGACGGACCACUCCACCACCAUCGACCACAACGUGGCCAUGAUGCUGGCCCAGCUGGUCAGCGACGGGAGCCCCAUGGUCCGGAAGGAGCUGGUGGUGGCUCUGAGUCAUCUUGUGGUUCAGUACGAAAGCAACUUCUGCACCGUGGCCCUGCAGUUCAUAGAAGAGGAAAAGAACUACCCUUUGCCUUCUCCAGCAACCACAGAGGGUGGGAGUUUGACCCCCGUGCGAGACAGCCCGUGCACCCCCCGACUCCGUUCUGUGAGCUCCUAUGGAAAUAUCCGCGCUGUCGCCACAGCUAGGAGCCUCAACAAAUCUUUGCAGAACCUGAGCUUGACAGAGGAAUUCAUGCCAUUAACCGUAAGACCAAAAGGAGGGUCCCAGGAGCACCCCGCUGACCCCACCAUGUCUCGGCCAGCCGGCGGCGCCGUAGCGUUCUCCCCCGGAAACCUCAGCACCAGCAGCAGCGCCAGCAGCACCCUGGGCAGCCCGGAGAACGAGGAGCACAUCCUGUCCUUCGAGACCAUCGACAAGAUGCGCCGCGCCAGCUCCUACUCCUCCCUCAACUCCCUCAUCGGCGUCUCCUUUAACAGCGUUUACACUCAGAUCUGGAGAGUCCUGCUGCACCUGGCUGCCGACCCCUAUCCCGAGGUCUCGGACCUGGCCAUGAAGGUGCUCAACAGCAUCGCUUACAAGGCCACCGUGAACACCCGGCCGCAGCGCAUCCUGGACACCUCCUCCCUCACGCAGUCGGCCCCCGCCAGCCCCACCAACAAGGGCGUGCACAUCCACCAGGCGGGGGGCUCCCCUCCAGCGUCCAGCACCAGCAGCUCCAGCCUGACCAGUGAUGUGGCCAAGCAGCCAGUCAGCCGAGAUCUGCCUCCUGGCCGGCCGGGCACCACAGCCCCCGGGGGGGCGCAGUACACCCCUCACUCCCACCAGUUCCCCCGGACCCGGAAGAUGUUCGACAAGGGCCCAGACCAGACUGCAGAUGACGCAGAUGAUGCUGCUGGACACAAAAGCUUCGUCUCCGCCGCAGUGCAGACAGGCUUCUGUGACUGGAGCGCCCGCUAUUUCGCCCAGCCUGUCAUGAAGAUCCCAGAGGAGCACGACCUGGAGAGUCAGAUCCGCAAGGAGCGAGAGUGGCGGUUCCUGCGGAACAGCCGCGUCCGGAGGCAGGCCCAGCAAGUCAUCCAGAAGGGCAUCACGAGAUUGGACGACCAGAUAUUUCUGAACAGGAACCCCGGCGUUCCCUCCGUGGUGAAAUUCCACCCCUUCACCCCGUGCAUCGCCGUAGCCGACAAGGACAGCAUCUGCUUUUGGGACUGGGAGAAAGGGGAGAAGCUGGAUUAUUUCCACAAUGGGAACCCUCGGUACACAAGGGUCACUGCCAUGGAAUAUCUGAAUGGCCAGGACUGCUCGCUUCUGCUGACGGCCACAGAUGAUGGUGCCAUCAGGGUCUGGAAGAAUUUUGCUGAUUUGGAAAAGAACCCGGAGAUGGUGACCGCGUGGCAGGGGCUCUCCGACAUGCUGCCUACGACACGAGGAGCCGGGAUGGUGGUGGACUGGGAGCAGGAGACUGGCCUCCUUAUGAGCUCGGGGGAUGUGCGGAUUGUCCGGAUCUGGGACACAGACCGGGAGAUGAAGGUGCAGGACAUCCCCACGGGCGCAGACAGCUGCGUGACAAGUCUGUCCUGCGAUUCGCACCGCUCACUCAUCGUGGCUGGCCUGGGUGACGGCUCCAUCCGCGUCUACGACAGAAGGAUGGCACUCAGCGAAUGCCGCGUCAUGACGUACCGGGAGCACACCGCCUGGGUGGUGAAGGCCUCCCUGCAAAAGCGUCCCGACGGCCACAUCGUGAGUGUGAGCGUGAACGGAGAUGUACGCGUCUUUGAUCCCCGGAUGCCCGAGUCUGUGAACGUGCUUCAGAUCGUGAAGGGGCUGACGGCCCUGGACAUCCACCCCCAGGCAGACCUGAUCGCGUGUGGCUCCGUCAAUCAGUUCACCGCCAUCUACAACGGGAACGGAGAGCUAAUCAAUAACAUCAAGUACUACGACGGCUUCAUGGGCCAGCGGGUCGGCGCCAUCAGCUGCCUGGCCUUCCACCCGCACUGGCCUCACCUGGCCGUGGGAAGCAACGACUACUACAUUUCCGUGUACUCGGUGGAGAAGCGUGUCAGAUAGCGGCGUGGCCCAGGCCCGCCAGGCCACGGCCGCCUGCUGUACAUAGUGAAGCUGCCACUCGCCUGGGCACGGGGCAUCGGCUGCCAAGGUCCCACAGCAUGAACGUUGUGCUGCCUUAGCUGCUGGACGGCAGCAGGGCCCUGCCACUUGC